CUUGACUUUUUCAUGAUAUUUUCUGCCUAUCAUCUUUUACCACAAUGCCGAGGCGAAUAAUUUGAUUAAUAAAUUAGAAUUUAAUUUAAUUUACUCGAGAAUUAAAUGAAUUUUCUCGUAUUGUUAUGAUUAAUUUAUAAUUACAGUAUGAAGAGAAUAAAAAUGUCCAAGUUGACUGUUCUGUGGUGUUUAUUAUCGAUAAUUGUUUGCUGUCAUGCAGAAGGCGAAAAUCAACCUAAGAAAUUCAGACAGGAGGAUGUCGAAAUCGAAGGAAUACCGUACACUAGUCCAGUACUUAAAUCGAGUAGUAUUCAUUUCGCUGAACAUUUCGAUAAUUUAAAUGAAUUUAAAAGAAAGUGGGUGCUUUCCAAAGCUAAAAAACCAGACGUUAGCGAAGAUUUAGCUCAAUACGAUGGUAAAUGGGACCUAUUACAAUUGGAAAGGUUUCCUUUGAAAGGAGAUACUGGUUUGGUACUCACAACCGAAAGUAGGCACGCUGCGAUUGCUGCCAAGUUCAAUAAACCGUUUGUGUUCGAUGGUAAAAAGAAAUUCGUCGUACAAUACGUAGUCACAUUCCAGAAAACAGUCGAUUGCGGCGGAGCUUAUUUGAAAUUAUUGACUGAUGGAGCUCUCAGAGAUUUAUCUCAGUUUAAUGAUAAAACACCUUAUACCAUUAUGUUCGGGCCAGAUAAAUGUGGCGGUGUAGCCAAGAUGCAUUUUAUUAUUCGUCAUAAAAAUCCUAUCAAUGGUACCAUCAUCGAGAAACACUGUACGAAGUUGAAAGUGGACGAUAAUCUGUAUAAGGAUCAAGAACCUCAUUUAUUGAAAUUAGUCAUCGAACCUAAUAAUGAUUUCGCUUUCUAUAUCAACAACGAGGUACAAUACCAAGGUAAUUUAUUGGACGAUGAUACGUUCAGUCCACCAAUCAACCCUCCUAAGGAGAUCAUCGACGUACACGACGCUAAACCGCAAGACUGGGACGACCGUCCAAAAAUCCCCGAUCCAGAUGCAGUCAAACCCGAAGACUGGGACGAAGACGAACCGAACGAAGUUCCUGAUCCAAAUGCGUCCAAACCAGACGGUUGGCUCGACGAUGAACCUUUAACUAUUCCCGAUAUCGAAGCAGUCAAACCAGCAGACUGGGAUGAUGAAAUGGAUGGUGAUUGGGAACCACCUAUGGUUGAAAAUCCAGUUUGUAAACUUGCUCCUGGUUGUGGCCCUUGGAGUCCGCCGAUGAUCGAAAACCCCAAAUACAAAGGUAAAUGGAAGCCUCCUAUGAUCGAUAACCCAGAUUACAAAGGUAAAUGGAUACCAAAGAAGAUCCCUAAUCCAGAUUUCUACUACGAUGAUGCGCCUUUGAAAAAUUCCCCUAUUGGAUAUAUUGGUUUCGAAUUGUGGACUCUGGUCAACAAUAUGUAUUUCGAUGAUAUUUUGGUCGCCGAUAACGAUGCGGUAUCUGAUGAAUGGACUGAGAAAACUUGGGGACUGAAGAAAAAGAGCAUAGCUGCCGAAAGUGUCACUUUUAAAGGACGUCUACUCAAACAAAUGAAUUUUAAACCCGGAUGGUGGGCUGCAUACGCGAUAUAUUGUCUCGUACCAGUUACACUUUAUAUAUUAUACAUGCGAGACGUUAUUCGAAAGAAUAAAGAUGAUUUCGAAAGAGAAAUAUUGCAUAAGAAAACAGACGAAUAUCUACCGGAUGACGAAUUCGGUGGCAGAGGCGAACCAGGUCAAGCUCUUAAUGAAGAUGAUUUAAAUGAUGAAAUUGAAAACGCCGAAGGUGACGAUGUUAAUGACCAAAUUGAAGAUAGCGAUCCAGAGGAGAAACAAUCGAAACCAUCGUCCGAAGAAGAAGAACAACCACCAAUCCCACCAGCAAAAUCGAAUAAGAAAAAGAACGCUAAAAAACAACAAUCGAAAUCCGAUCGCGAAGAUUUACCUCAAGAUAGUCAAGCAGCGGCCGGUGUACCUUCAUCGCCUCGUAAACGAAGGCCUCGUAGAGACUGAACAAUCAGGUUAUUUUCAUAACGAUGAUAUUCGAAAAAAAGUAACUAAAAAAACCUCGAUAGGUAUAAAUAUUUCUUUUUUUUUUUACUUUUUUUCCUCCUUUAUUUAUAAAUACAUUUCUAUUCACCGGACCUACUAUUUAAGUUUUUAUCGGUUACUUUCGCUUAAUAGAUAAGUAUUUUAUAUUUUGUAUAAAUGGUUUGUUAACUUAAAAGUUAUUAUACUUUGUUACUACGAAUGUUAUUACUAUGUACUACGUUUUUUUUCUAAGUUUGAAUAUGAUUUUAGUUUUUAAGCAGAAAAGGAAUAAUGAAAGCAAAGUUGUACGUAUUAAAAUUUAGUAAAAUUAUUUAUUCUAGAAUACGAACGGCCUAUGGGUACGAAAAACAUGUGAUCGCUUUUAAGUAUUUAUGUAUUUCGAAUUAUCGCCUUCAUCGAGCAACAUCGAUCGAAAUUCUGUUGCUUUGUUUGCGGAGAAAUUAUGUACCGUAUAGAUAAUGGCUGCUAUAUUGCAAGUUUAUAGUUUGUAAAAUUAACUAGUCAUCUAGGUUGAUAUUAAGGAUUUUUUUUGUAAGCAGCGAGUUUAUGCAUAUGGUACGAGUACAAGAGGAAUUCAUAUAGUUCUAGUCUCCGAUACGAAUAAUAUUAAUCGAAAGCUCGCGACCAAUUCGUUGAUUUUCAGCUUAUCGAUUACUUUUCCCCCUUUUCCCUUUUCAUCGUUCGAAAAGCAUAUUCUUGUAAGAUAUAUUAGUUUUUAAAAUACAUAUUCGUGUUCUAUUCGUGAAUAUUUUUUACACACAUCCCUUUGGCACUACAGCAAAAAGUGAUGUUGGAGAUUGCCUUUGAUUUUGAAUAAAUAAUGGGCAGUAUAUUGGAAGCUUUAAGAUGUUUCUGUGUAUUAAUUUUAGUUUUUUUUUUCUUACGCAUGUUUAUAUUCACAUUCAAAAUGAGAGUAAAUUUAUAUUUAAAAAUG